AAAUAUAGUGAUAUAGAAAUUUUAUGUGAAGAUGGAAAGAAACUAUAUGGUUGUAGAGCAAUUUUGGCUGCAAGAUCCGAAUUAUUUGACAGUUUACUUUACAAUGGAAUGAAAGAAAGUUUUGAAAAUAAAAUUUCUUUUCCAAAGAUUAAUUCCUCUGGAAUGAAAAUUAUAUUGGAAUAUAUUUAUACAGGAUUAAUUAAAAAAGAAUCUUUAAAUAAAAAUAAUAUAAUUGAAGCAUUUUAUGCUGCAGAUUUUUUUCAAUUAACUGAUCUUCAAGAAAAUAUUGUAAGAGUUGUUAAUAAUACACUGGAAUCAGAAAAUUAUUCACCGGAAUUAUUAUCUAAUAUUGUAGAAAUAAUGCCAUUUAUAGAAGAUAAUAUUCUUCAAAAUUUAUUGGUUGAAAAAGUAGCAACUAUUCCUUUAAAUACAAUUGAAUUUGAUCGAUUAUCUAUCGCCGGACUUCAAUGUCUUUUAUCAUUUACACAUAAAAAAGCAAAGUCCUUUGCAACUCCUGAAUAUGAAGUUUUUCGAUAUAGUGCUAUUCUAGCAGCAAAACAAGUAUCUAAUGAUGCUUUUAAAACUCUUAUGAAAUGUUUACCAACUUUGGAACAAAUAAAGAAUUCAAUCCAAGUAGAAAAUGAACCUAUUACCGAUCACUGUAAAGUUACUAAAGAAUUAGAACCUUUAAUUGAUUUCAUUGAUUUUAAUCAAAUUAAAGGAAAAAUUUUGACAGAUAUUAUCGAACCAUUAGGAAUUAUUCCAGCUAAGACAAUAUUAGAUGCUUAUCGACAAAAAGCAAGAUCACAUAAUACGGAUUUUAAUGAAAUUCGAGGAACACAGUUUUGGGAUGAGUUAGCAUGCGGAUCAAAACUUUUUAUUGAAGAAAAUGGAAAAGUUGUAAGUGCAUCAAACGAUUGUCAUACACAUCAAGGUGUUAGAGCUAAAAUUUUAAUUGAUAGUAAAGGUAUUUUUGAAUGGGAUUUUAUAAUUGAGAAAGCUUGUAAAUGGUUUUGGGUUGGAGUAUGUGCACCAGGAAGUUUUAAUAAUGAUGAACCUAUUGGAUGGGCAUUGAGUUCUGAAGGUCGUUACUAUAAUUCUGGAAAUUAUUUAGAAGAUUAUUGUCCUUCAUUGGGUGAUGGCACGAGAAUUACUGUUCAUUUAGAUAUGAAUAAAAAAACUUGCGCUUUCACAGUCGAUGGUACAAGAUAUCCCGAAGUAUUAAAUUGUAAUAAUAAUUUACCAUCAAAGUUUUAUCCUGUAGCAUCAUUAUGUUAUCCUGGUCGUUUUCGAAUUCAAUCCCAUCAAAAGUUAGAUGUAAUAAUUUAAAAAAAAAAAAAAAAAGAUUGGGUUAUUUGUUGUGACUAACCACAACUAUCGGUUCAGUUUAAAAAUAGCUACUUGUUUUAAUACCAAAAACUUUAUAUGACAUUAUAUUCGUUAUAUAAUUAAACAAUUAAGGAAUUGUGAAAUAUCCUUUAUAUAUUAAAUACAUAAUCUUAAUUUUUCGUAUAUUAUGCGACUUUGAAUGAAGCAAACCAUCAAGAGUAGGAUUCUUAUUAAAUACAUUCAAGCAUAGAUGUGACAUAUGUUCUAAUACCAAUUAUACUAAUGACAGAAUUGGACUUUAAAGUGAAAAGACAAUAUAAAAAUCUCUUACUUCUUC